AUGACAAUUCAUCAUUUUGAAGAGUUUAAUCUAGCUCAUCAACCUACUAGUCUUCCAUCUUCUACUCUUCCCUUGAUUCCAGCGACGUGGAUCCCUCUUCCUACAAAUGUCCUCAAAUUGAAUUUUGAUGCUGCAGUUAACUCUAGUAGGAAUGGAGGUGCCACAACAGUUGUUGUCCGAAAUUCAGAAGGGCAAAUUUUAGAUUGGGCUUACAAGAAAUACAAUUUCAUUAUUGAUCCCUUGGUUUUAGAAAGCUUAGCAUGCAGAGAUGCAGCUCUUUUGGCUGUUAAUAGAGGUUUUCACUAUGUUGUCCUUGAGGGAAACUCGUUACUGGUUAUCAAUGCUGUUAAGAAUUCAGUGAUUCCUCAGAAUAUCCAGCAAAUUAUUUAUGAUGUUAGACAAUUAUCUUUGUCUUUUACUAGUAUCUCUUUCUCCCAUGUUAGGAGAACUUGUAAUUUAGCUGCACAUGCUCUAGCCACCAAAUUUCUUCAUGAAUCUCAUGUUUCUUGCAAUUGGGUGGCAUAA